AUGAUCAAGAGGUCUGCUGGCGAUGGUAUAUUGAAGAAAUUGAUGGAGAGAAAUCCCAAAGACAUUGAUAUUGAGAACGCUGAUUUCAAAGAUCAGUUUUCGGAUAAUAACAGCCAAGGCGAUAGUGAGAGUGAUAGUGAUUCUGAUAACUUUGCAUCCACCGAGCACUAUUUGAAAGUUGGGAGAAGUAAGCUAAGAGACAAUUCAAUAAAGAUAUCUGAUCCAAAAUAUGCUGGCAAUACCACCAGUCGAACAAAAUAUUAUGCCGAAUCCGAAGGUGAUAGCGAGAGCGAUGCUAGCACUGGCAAUGGGAGUGAUAGCGAUAGUGGUAAAACAUUCUCUCAAAACACAUCAUUUUCAGAUGAUCAGAAUGAAGAAAAUGAAGAAGAUGAUGAAGAAGAAGAAGAAGAUGAUGAUGAAGGAGAAGAGAAUGACAAUGGUAAUUUGAAUAACAAAAAGGAAAAAUUGAAAAAUUUAUUAUCUCAAGAAAGAAAAAUAAUGUUAAAUAGAUUAUCAAAAUCAGCGAAAAAUGAUGCAUUAAAGGGAUAUUCAAUACUAAAGCAACAAAACCAUUAUGAUUUGAUAUUAGAUUGCAGAAUAAAAAUACAAGAUAUUUUAUCAUUAAUGAACUCAUUACCUUCGAACAAUGAGAAUCUUGAUAAAUUAUCAUCAAAUCAGACGGCUUCAAUGAUAUCUAAACUUAAAAAGCAAUUGUAUAAAUUAUUGGAAGAAAUAAUCAAGCUGAGAAUUCAAAUGAACGAAAAAGAUAAUAUAAUUGACAGCAAGAGGGAUAAUAAAAGUAAGAGUAAAAUAAAGAGUAAAAAAAGAACUUUGAGUGAGUAUUUCAAUCAAACUAGUGAAUUGGAUGAUAUUCUACUGUCCUUUUCAAACAAUACAUUAACCAAAUGGUCAAAUAAAAUACAAUCGAUAUCUGGUUCAUCUGCAUUAAAUAAUUCUAAAUUUAGUGUGGUUAAUCAGUCAAUAACGUCACAAAUUGAUUCGAAUUUAGCGAAUAUGGAUCGGUUAGUUAAAAGAACAAAGAUCAAUAGGAAAAACGCUAAAGCAAUAGAUCAUGAAAUUGAGUUUGAGAAGCAAAAGAAUCAAAGGAAGCAACAAGUACAGCCAAAUGUGCAAAAAUUGGAAAAUGAAAUGGAUGAAAUAGACGAAAUAGAAAAUAAGAAUAAAAUUGAUCAAGAAUUACAAGAAAACAAAAAUAUUUUUGACGAUAAUGAUUUUUAUAAGAUUUUAUUAAAUGAUUUUGUUGAUAAAAAAAUAAGCGAUUCGAAUUUAACAAAGAAUUAUCAAUUAACGUUAACAAAGUCUAAAUUUAAGAAAAAUUUUGAUACAAAAGCAUCAAAGGGGAGAAAAAUAAGGUACCAGAUUCAAAAACCGUUACAAAAUUAUGAAGCGCCAAAUUUUAAGAAGAAAAGAUGGAAUGAUUAUCAGAUUGAUGAAUUUUUCGCUGGGUUAUUAGGACAAACGGUUAAUUUCAAUGAGGAAACCUCAGAUGAAGAAGUUGGGGAAGAGAGGGAAUACAGAAAUUUUAAUAAAGAGAUGAUAAAUGAUAAUAUAAAAAUCUUUGGAUAA